GACACAUGCAUGUUCACACUGAGCUGGAGCCCAUAAAUGGUAGACCAAAGCUGCAUCUUCUUGUUAUCUUCUUCAGUUCUUCAGAAGUUCAGAGUACUAGAGGAAGGAGAGGACUGCUCAUAGCUAGAGAGUUCAGAGAUAGAAUCUAGAGAGAGAGGGAUGGCUGGAGGAGAGCAUGGAGCAAAUGGUCUGCAUGAAGAAGCCAGAGCUCUCGAGGAAGGAGGCAGACUAGGAGGGGAUCAAGCAAGGUGUGAGAAUUCAGAGCAAGAUGGAGGAAGCAAGAGCUCCAGUAACCUUCCCAUGUUCUCUGUCCAGUUCGUGCAGAAGCUGAUCGCCGAGAUGUUCGGGACGUUCCUCCUCAUCUUCGCCGGGUGCGCGGCGGUGGCCGUGAACAAGAGGACCGGCGGCACGGUGACGUUCCCGGGCAUCUGCAUCACGUGGGGGCUCGCCGUGAUGGUGAUGGUGUACUCCGUCGGCCACAUCUCCGGCGCGCACCUCAACCCGGCCGUCAGCUUCGCCUUCGCCACCUGCGGCCGCUUCCCCUGGAAGCAGGUGCCGGCGUACGCGGCGGCGCAGGUGGCGGGGUCGGCGGCGGCGAGCCUGACGCUGCGGGUGCUGUUCGGGAACGCGCCGGAGCACUUCUUCGGGACGGUGCCGGCGGGGUCGGAGGUGCAGUCGCUGGUGAUGGAGUUCAUCAUCACCUUCUACCUCAUGUUCGUCGUCUCCGGCGUCGCCACGGACAACAGGGCCAUUGGCGAACUAGCUGGCCUCGCCGUUGGUGCUACCGUCUUACUAAACGUGCUCUUUGCUGGGCCGAUAUCAGGAGCUUCCAUGAACCCGGCGAGGACCGUCGGACCGGCGAUCGUCCUCGGCCGGUACACCGCCGUCUGGGUGUACAUCGCCGGCCCGGUCGCCGGCGCGGUCGCCGGCGCGUGGGCCUACAACCUCAUCCGCUUCACCGACAAGCCGCUCCGGGAGAUCACCAAGACCGCGUCCUUCAUCAGAAGCGCCAGGAGGAGCUAAGCUAAGGCUAAGGCCCCACGAUCUGUUCUCUUGCUCUGUAGCUUGUUGUGCUGUCGAUGAUGAUGGGAUGAAUUAGCAGUAAAUUACUGAUUGUAAUUAACACUGUGAUUGUUGCAUAGCUCUUUUUGUUUUUACAUGCUUUGGUUGGCUUGUUGUAGCUUAAUUGUUGUAAUUGAUCCUUCUGAAGAGGGGAGGACUGACCAUUGUUCUGAAAGAUGGAUUAGGACGUCGAUGAUGUCACAUCCUGAUGUAGGAGAAAAUUGCGUAAGGGGUGGUCUUUUGACCUUUUCCGGGAAACAAUAUAACAGUUUAUAUUUGGAAA